UCAGACGAUCCUCUAGCACUGGAGCGCACCACCAUGUCCCCCUCCUGGCUCACCUCUCUUCAACCACACCUCUCCUCCUCCUCGGACUUCAAACAGCUCAAAGACUACCUCCGCUCCCAGCAAUCAUCGGGAGCGACCAUCUACCCACCAGCGCACUUGGUUCACUCAUGGUCUCAGCUUACCCCGCGAAUAGAAGACGUCAAAGUCGUAGUACUAGGUCAGGACCCGUAUCACGGCCCGGGCCAGGCAAUGGGUCUCUCCUUCUCCGUGCCUCGCGGUCAGGCAGUACCUGGUAGUCUGAAGAAUAUGUACAAGGAGCUGCGCGACGAGUAUGGACCAGGGAAGGGGAAAGGAGGAUUUGAUGCGCCCAGUCAUGGGGAUCUGAGUGGGUGGGCUAGCCAAGGGGUACUCAUGCUCAAUAGCUCCCUCACGGUGAGGAAGGGCGAGGCGGGCAGUCAUGCUGGUAAGGGUUGGGAGGUCCUGACCAGGGAGGUCCUGAAGCUGGUCGUAGAGCGAGCCACUGGAGGUGGUGGCGUCGUCUUCCUCCUCUGGGGCCAACCUGCCUCCAAGACAUUCAGCGCUGCCGUCCCUUCGUCCCUGUCCUCUCAUCCAAACAUCAAGCUGCUCCGUUCCCCGCAUCCUUCCCCUCUCAGCGCGCAUCGCGGCUUCUUGGGCAAUGGUCACUUCAAGAAAGCCAACGAGUGGCUAGAGAAGGAGGGAGGGUGGGGUCAGGGUGGAGGGGUGAGGUGGGCAGAU